AUGGGAGAAAAACAACAAUGGACCAAUAAGCAUUUAAAAUGCUUAUUGGAUUCUUGUAUUGAAGAAGUAAAGAGUGUUGGUAGAAAAGGAUUGAGUUUGCAGAAAGUUUCAUGGAUAAGGCUUGGAAGAGUUCUUAAGGAGAAAUUUGGGGUUGAGUUGACUCAAAAACAAAUGAAAAACGCAUAUGACAAUCUGAAGGCCAAAUACACUGGAUGGUCAACCCAAUCAUCAUCAGUAGCUGGAGCAUCCUGUCGUGUUCCACCACUUCAGAUCACCGCCACCCCUUUUCAGGCAAUAGAUGAUGAUGGUGUUGACACUUCCCAUCAUGAUCCUUCACCUUCUGCAGCUUCACCUUCUGUUGGUUUACCUUCUACUGUUUCACCAUAUACUGCUUCACCAUCUCGUAACCCCAACAAAAGGGCUAAACCCUUAAUUCCUAUAGCUCCUAGUGCCUCACUGUCUGCUUCUUCACCUGAUGGAACUUCUAUUACUGCUGAUGACUUAGCAUUUGAAAUGAAAAAAGCUCUACAAAGUUUGACUAAAGGGUAUACAAUUCCUUAA